UGCGCGUGUUUGAAAGGAGCAGCGGGCUGCAGGUGGGCGUGAAGCGUCUUUGUCACAAUGUUCGACGUGAAGAAGAGGAAUAGUUUGACUCUGAACGGCGGCGCGGAGACGGAGGACCUCAGGAGAGGCCCUGUCAGAAGGACGUUCAGAGGCGCUGCGGGGGACUGCCUCGUUUCAGACACAGUGCUUCCAAAACGAAAAAAAAGGAUAAGUGGUUGUGGAGUUUCUGUUUCCUGCGUAGAGGAUGGUCUGGGCUCCCCCAGGCCAAUCGGAGAAGUGUCCCCGGCGCACAUCAGCCCUGCCACACGUACUCGGGGGAUUCCACAUACGACAAGCUGUCCUCAUUUAGGAUCUCCCAGUCCAGGCAAGAGAGGCAUUCAGACCUGUAGCCCAUCUAAAGAAGGAGGGCACAGUCCUGCUAAAUUGUCCCUGAAGAACCACAGCCCUCUCAGUGGAUUACUGCGGACGCCCAGCCCUUUGAAGGUGAGCGUCAGGAGCUACAGCCCAGGCAAGAACUCCAAAUCCUGGUCGGGACUACACAGGAUCUCAAGCAGCAAGUUGGAAAGACGAGAGAAGGAAUCUUUGAGCGUGCCUGAGUUGGUCGUUUACUUUGAUGACAGCAGGAUUUCCACUAAAAAAGUUGAACGCCCUCCUCUGAAACCACUGCAAUCCCCAAACGGCUCCAGGUCAGCCCCCUCCAUCGUAGUACCAGUUGCCCAUAGACUAAGCCAUGCCAAAAGCAAAGUCCAACAAUCAAGCAACAGCCAAGAGCGUUUCCCUGGACAAAUGGAUGAAAUAGUGCAGGCUGGAGUUCGCAAAUCAUUAAAUGGAGAAAAUAUGAAUGAUAACAUGGAAGAAGGCAGGAGUGAGGCUACUAGAACUAAAGAGGCUAGCAAGGUUCAGGAGUCUAAAGAUGAACACAACAACAACAACGAUGAGGAUGAGAUGGAAGAGGAGAGACGAGAAAACCACCCAAAAGAUGAAGAGGACAAAAAGCAGAAACUGUACAAUAUCGCCAAUGAACUCCUACAGACGGAGAGGGCCUACGUGGCUCGUCUCCACCUGCUCGACCAGGUGUUCUGCUCCCGCUUAACGGAGGAGGCGGGUCGAGGCUCGUUUCCUCAUGACGUGAUAAGAAAUAUCUUCGCCAACAUUUCCUCCAUCUACUCCUUCCACAGCCAGUUCCUGCUACCUGACCUGGAAAACUGCAUCAGCCAGUGGGGUGAGAGCCCACGCCUGGGUGGUGUCCUGCUUCAACACGCACCCUUCCUGAGGAUCUACGCCGACUACAUCUUGAACUUCGAACAGGCCAUGGAGCUGCUGAGGACCUGGAGUGAACGCUCCUCUGUCUUCAGAGAUAUCAUCCAGGACAUACAGAGUCAGGAGGUGUGUGGCAGCCUGACCCUGCAGCACCACAUGCUGGAACCAGUCCAGCGGGUCCCCCGUUAUGAGAUGCUGCUCGGGGAUUACCUGAAGAGACUUCCCAGUGACAGCCCUGAUUAUGAUCUUUCUCACAAAUCCUUGCAGAUCAUUUCCAUGGCAGCCACCCACUCAAACAGUGCCCUCCACAAAGCCGAGCGUCGGAAGCGGCUGCUGGAGAUCUACGAGAUGGUUGGAGAGGAGGAGGUGGUCAACCCGACUAACGAGUUCCUGAGGGAAGGUCGUCUGCUCAAGCUUGCUGCCAGGAACACAUCCGCCAUGGAGAGGCACUUAUUCCUGUUCAACAAUUUUCUGCUGUGCUGCACUCCCAAGUUCAGCCUGGUCGGGCAGCGUUUUACCGUCCGCUGCAGGAUCGGCGUGGAUGGCAUGCAGGUGCAGCAGACUACCAAUGAAGACCACCUGCACAGCUUUCAGGUCUCGGGGAAGGAGAGGACCCUUGAACUGCAGGCCAGCUCCGAACAAGACCGGGAUGAGUGGAUUAAGGUAAUUAAGGAAGCGAUUGAUGUGUUCCUGAAGAAACAUGAAACCUUCAAAUUGGCUUGUAAGGAACCAGAUGUUGAAGAAUCCGCGGCGGAACUCGGCCGACGUGCCCCUCGCUGGAUCAGGGACAACGAGGUGACCGUGUGUAUGAAAUGCGAGGAACCUUUCAACCCCAUCACCAGGAGAAGACAUCACUGCAGAGCCUGCGGCUGCGUGGUGUGCUGGAAGUGUUCCGACAACAAAGUGGCUUUAGAGUAUGACGGCAACAAGCUGAACAAAGUUUGUACAUCCUGCUUCGCUGUACUAAUGGAUCAGACAGGGGAGAGGAUGGAGGGACAGAAGAGAAGGGUACUGGAGGCGGCCAACGGCUGCAGUGACUGCGCAAUGAGGGGCUUCCUGCGGUAUGGUGACAACCCAAAGACGUGGCAGCAGAUGUGGGCUCUUGUCCCCUGGUCGGACCCUGCGGUCCUCCAUCUUUACACAACUCCACAGGAUUUAAUGCCCAUAUCCAGUAUACCACUGCUGGGCUGCAGUGUGGAGGAUUCCCCCCAGGAGCUCCAGGGCCAGCCUUGUUUCCGUUUAAGACGAUCCCAAACAUCCCACACUUUCUCCUGUGACAACUUGGACCUCAAACAAAGCUGGCUGACUGCCCUGAACGUUGCUGUGAUGCGCAGGCAGUGUGGCAUCCCCUCCAAUGGCUCCAGGUGGAGCAUUACUGGUUGUUUCAGUGAUGGAGACGAGUGUACUGGUGAGGAAUUUCUCAUUAUUGGCGACAAUGAAAAUAAGUCCUGAAUGUUUGAGGUCAGGCACUACGGAAAGGACAUCAACAACUGAUCAAUCUCCAUCGACAUUAAAGAUCGUAGCGUAGAAAUAAACUAUUAAUGAAAUGAAUCAACUCAACAAGUUCCAUAAAGGAUUGGAAAGGUUGUUAUUAACAAUAUUCAGACUGAAAACGUGUUUCCCUUUACAGUGGCGAUGCACUUUAUUUCUGAAAUGGUUUUACGGUAAAAUAAAUAAAGCAAGCAACGGU